AUGAAGUACAAUCUGUAUGCUGCUCUCUCGGCCCUGGCUGUAGGCCAGGCCUCAGCUCAUGCUACGUUCCAAGAACUAUGGGUCGAUGGAGUCGACCUUGGCGGACAGUGUGUCCGUCUACCAAAGUCGAACAGCCCGGUCACGAAUCCCGCAAGCACAGAUUUCAGGUGUAAUGUCGGAGGCACAACUGGCGUGUCUGGCAAGUGUGCCGUUGCACCAGGCUCCGUGGUGACAGUCGAGAUGCACCAGCAACCUGGUGAUCGUAGCUGCGCGAACGAGGCCAUCGGAGGUGCUCAUUACGGUCCGGUCAACGUCUAUUUGAGCAAAGUCGACGAUGCAUCGAAAGCAGAUGGAUCUAGUCCUUUUUACAAGAUCUUUGCCAACUCCUGGUCACCAAAAUCAGGGGCCGGAUCUGGCGACGAUGACUUCUGGGGAACCAAGGACCUCUCCAGCUGUUGCGGCCGAAUGGACGUCCCAAUCCCUGCGGACACACCAGCGGGAGACUAUCUACUUAGAGCCGAAGUCAUUGCCUUGCACACGGCGGCUUCAUCUGGCGGAGCCCAGUUCUAUAUAUCCUGCUACCAGAUCACGGUCAAGGGCGGCACGUCCACAAAUGCAGUUCCGGCUGGUGUCAGCUUCCCAGGAGCUAUCAAGGCAAGCGAUCCUGGUGUUCUGAUCAACAUCCACGCCAAGCUUUCGACCUACGUCAACCCCGGUCCCGCCGUAGUUCCGGGGGGCAAGACAAGGACACCCGGCUUAUCUUGCUCGGGCUGCGAAAGCACAUGUAAGGCAGGUGCCGGCCCUAGCGGUACCGCCAUCCAAGUAACGCCUCCAGCCCAGACCAGCGCAGCUGGUGGAUCAACUGGUGGUGAUAGUUGUGCGCAGGCUCAGUACCAGCAGUGUGGUGGAACAGGGUACACUGGGUGCACAACCUGUACCUCUGGCGCAACAUGCAAAUCACAAUCGCCAUACUAUUCUCAGUGCAUCUAA